GGACAACAGUCUGCCCUUCUCCCUGGAGUGGUACGCCGGCGCCAAGGAGCGGCAGAGGCUGCGCGACGAGGAGCGCGAGAGGCUCGACGCGCGCAGGGUCCAGCUGCGUGCAGGGUGGACGGACCUCAUGGACCACGACAUCUCCGAUUGGAUCGGCAGGGUCGUGCUUUGCCUGCGGCUUCCGCGUUCUUUCGGGUCUGAGCUUGAUCGGGCGUUACGCGUCACAGGGCAUGGCUCCCUCCCCUGCGCGUUUCUCCAGUCAUUUGCAAGGAUGAUGCUUCACGCGUUGGGCGACAGGAGCGUUGUGUCGAAGAGUGCAGGAACGCGAGCUGCGCGCGGACAGGCAAACGCCACUCAUUAUCCAGUGUCCGCUGGACUAUCCCGCCACCGUGCCUUCGGGGCCUCCAUGGGGCCUCCUGGGGGUUUCAUGAGUGUCUGA